AUGAUGAACCAAGGCAAAAGCUCCAAUGCGGAUGAGAACGACGACAGUAAUGCAUCUACCACCACAAGCCCGAGCUGGAAGUCUUUAUUCGGUUUCACGUCACGAAGGCAUCUACCGACCCUUGUCUUGGGAUCAAUUCUCGCCCUGAUUGCUAGCUGUGUGACGCCUGCCCUGGCUAUCUUUCUCGGCAAUGUUUUCGACUCAUUUACGUCUUUCGGAGCAGGGCUCACCGAUCCUCAAAGUUUGCAGACAUCCAUCAUUCAAAACUGCUUCGGGAUGAUCGGAUUAGGCGCCGCAGGCUGGUUAUUGAAUGGAGCAUACUACGCAUUCUUCGUGGCGUUCGGGGAAAUGCAAGCUUCUGCAAUUCGAAGUGACAUCUUCAUUGAACUCUUGAAGCGUGACGUCCAGUGGUUUGAAGCUCAAAGCGAAGGGUCUGGGGCGUUCUUAUCGAGAGUCCAAGCGAACAUUCACGAAAUGCAGAUGGCAACCUCGCAGCCCCUAGGGCUUCUUUUGCAAUACUCAGGCAGAUCGCUGGCAUCCCUUGUGCUUGGUCUCUAUACCUCAUGGAGCUUGUCCCUGGUUACCCUUGCAGGAUUUCCUAUUUUCUCAUCAAUCAUCGCAUAUAUUUCCUCGAGGAUGAAGUACAGCAUCCAGGCACAGCAUGAUGAGCUCACCGCGGCUUCCAAGGUUGCAAACAAUGCUAUCACCAACAUUGACACAGUCAAAUGCCUCAAUGGUCAAGAACUGGAGCAUCGAAAUUUCCGUGAGCGGAUUGAAGCUUCUGCCAUACACUAUCUUCGACAAGCUCGGCUCAACUCACUCCAAAUUGCCUUUAUUCGCUGGAUGAUGUUCGGAAUGUUCGUUCAGGGAUUCUGGUACGGGAGCUCACUUGCCCGAUCUGGCAAACUUACAUCUGGUGAAGUCCUCAGGACCUUUUGGGCUUGCUUGACAGCAGCCCAGUCCAUUGAGCAGGUCUUACCCCAGAUGAUCGUGAUGGAGAAAGGGAAGGCUGCUGGUGUUGCUCUCAAAUCGAUCAUUGAAAGAACGAAAAUCCGGGCUCUUAGCGAGAUCAGAGGACGAUAUCCGCUACAUUGUGAAGGUGAUAUAGAGGUUAAGGAUGUUUCAUUUGCGUACCCUAGUCAACCCGAUCACCUUGUUCUCCACCCCUCUACCUUUUUCUUCCCAGCUGGUGAAACAACAUUCGUCAUCGGAAAAAGUGGCUCUGGCAAAAGUACACUUAGCCAAUUACUGAUGCGCUUUUAUUUACCCACGUCAGGCGAGAUCUUGAUAGAUCAAACUCCGAUGCAAGAGCUGGACGUCAACUGGAUCCGAAACAAUGUCACUCUCCUGGAACAGAAAAGCGUGUUGUUCAACGAGUCUAUGUUGACGAACAUCGCGUUUGGUCGUCAAGACUACGAGACAGUCACAAACUACGACGUCCAAGAUUCCGUCGAUCUAGCCAUGCUUCAAAACACCAUAGAUGGCCUUCCUUCGGGAAUCGACACUAGCCUUGGCCCUGGUGGCAGCUUUUUGAGCGGUGGUCAGAGGCAGAGGGUUGCGAUUGCCAGAGCAAAGCUACGAGACACACCCAUCCUGAUCCUGGAUGAACCGACUAGUGCUCUUGAUCACACCAACCGGGUUGCUGUGAUGAAAGCGAUCCGCGAGUGGCGCAAAGGAAAGACGACCAUCAUAAUCACCCACGAUAUGUCGCAAAUCAUGGAAAAGGACUUCCUGUACAUCCUCGAACAAGGCUCUAUCGUUACCUCAGGCUACAGGUACGCGGUCGAGAGCAGCCCAGAGAGUGAGAAGUAUUUCCACUCCAAAGCUAGUGGCGGAUCUGAGCUCAAAGUCCAACUACCCAAGCGAGCUGUGGAUGAUUUGGACAUUCGACUGGGCAACUCUGAGAUUUUAGAGACCCUACUGCCCCCGAUGGCUCUGCGUGGACAUCGCCGCUCAAGAACAUCCUGGGCUCAAGGUCACAUUCCACCCACCCUGCGCUCCAGUUCAUUGGACUUGACAUCAAGAGCAAGAAGCAGCUCAGAUACAAUGGUCAGACCGAACGGGUCACAUGCACUCCCCUUGCGUGAUUGGAGCCAACGUGUCUCUGUCUUCUCAGAAGAUCGCAGUCCCCAUCCUGACUCAAAAGAAAGUAUGGCCCAGUCGGCAACGGAGGAUUUUGAGAUGAGAACGAUCGAUAUGGAUGACAGAGCGUUCGACAAAGAUCUUCAUAGAAACGGCCAGACUGUGAAGGAUUCAGUGAAUACCAAAACCCGCCAAAGACACCGAGGUCGUUCCAAGAAGCCAAAAAAGCCGUCAUCCAUGAAAGGUGGAAUGACACCACUCUCGCAUAUAAUGGGGACUAUCAUACCCAGUCUCACCACAAAACAGCAAGUGCUUCUCCUCCUGGGUCUCUCGGCAUCACUUGCUCAUGCCAGCGCCACUCCAAUAUUUUCAUACUGUUUAUCGCAGCUAUUCAGUACGUUUUAUGCAGGAAGUAACAGUGGGUACCUGACAAUGAAAUGGUCUCUUGCUGUACUGGGUGUCUCUUUCGGUGAUGGUGCCGCGUCUUUUUUCAUGCACUACUUCCUCGAACUAUGCGGCGAGGCUUGGAUGGAUAGCUUCCGGAAACGCGCAUUCGAGCGUAUUCUCGAUCAGCCAAAGGCUUGGUUUGAGAAAGCUGGCAACGGGUCUCUGCGACUCACGUCGGCCCUUGAUCAGAACGGGGAAGAUAUGCGGAAUCUGUUGGGCCGCUUUGCCGGCUUUGUCGUCGUCGCUGCGGCAAUCACUGUUAUGUCUAUCAUCUGGAGCUUGAUUGUCUGCUGGAAGCUGACUCUCGUUGCUCUCUCGUGCGGACCGGUCAUUUAUAUCAUCACCCGAGGUUUCGAGGGAACCAAUGGCUUAUGGGAAAGGCGAUGCAAUGAUGCAAAUGCUGUCGCAGCUGAUGUAUUCACAGAGACGUUCUCGGAAAUCCGCACAGUGAGGACAUUGACGCUGGAAGGCCACUUUCAUCGCAAGCAGGCUAAUGCCAUCGCACAAUGCUUGUUGCUCGGACUAAAACGUGCCAUCUAUACGGGCAUGCUGUUUGGCAUGGUAGAAUCGACAGUCAUAUUCUCUACCGCACUGAUCUUCUACUAUGGAGCGGUACUUGCGGCAUCUGGGGAAUUCAAUGUGAACGACGUGAUGAUGGUGUUUUCGAUGCUGCUUUUCAGCAUUGGUUACGCGGCACAGAUACUGUCGUGGAUUCCCCAAAUCAACACUGCUCGCGAGACAGCGACACAGCUCAUCCGCCUUGCCAGGCUCCCCCGCGACGGAUCGCACGAGCACAUUGGCUCUAUGACAGCCUCAAGUCUCACUCCAAUCAAACUAACCAACGUUGAGUUCAAGUAUCCGUCUCGGCCCAAAACACUGGUCUUGAAGAAUGUUUCCCUUGAGAUUCCUCGCAACUCCUGCACGGCACUCGUGGGACGAUCAGGAUCUGGCAAGUCGACCAUUGCAUCUCUCAUCUUAGCACUCUACGAAGCCCCAGCCUCUGCGACUGGGGGGCCAACCGUCACACUGGGCGGUGCAGACAUCCUCCGCUUACAUGUCCCAACCCUUCGAUCCCAGAUCUCCGUAGUGUCACAACAACCUACGAUCUUCCCUGGGACAAUUCAUGAGAACAUAAUCUAUGGCCUUGAUCAGCAUUCUCCUCUUGCGACCUCACAUAGUGUUCGUACAGCUGCCGAAGGAGCUGGUAUUGAUGAGUUCAUAUCUUCCCUUCCGCAGGGCUACAACACCAUCAUCGGAGACGGCGGAGUCGGCCUGUCGGGCGGCCAAAAGCAACGUGUAGUCAUUGCCCGGGCGCUCCUGCGUCAGCCCCAAAUCUUGAUCCUUGACGAGGCCACUUCCAGUCUUGAUCCUGCUGGUGCGGAAAUCGUGCGCCACACUGUCCAGCAUUUGGUCGCGACGCGUCGCGGGCUCACUGUCAUCAUCAUCACACAUGCUAAGGAGAUGAUCGAAAUUGCCAGCCAUGUCGUGGUUCUUGAGCAGGGAAUCGUUGUCGAAAAUGGGUCAUAUUCACAGCUGUCGAAGAUGUCUGGAGGAAAGUUGCAUUCUUUACUGAGUGACCCGGAGGAGGUUGCAUAA